AUGCAGGGCUUGCUCAAUCAUAGUCUAUCGUCCGAAUCCGAUGGGCUUGCUUGGGUGCUGGGUUGCCCAUACAACCUGCCAUGCGAGUACUCAGACCUCGUGGACGAUGUACGCUCACGCAUCUGGGUAUCCUACAGGAGUGGCUACUUUCCAAUUCGAGAUCACAAUGGGGGCUGUUUUACCUCGGAUCAGGGCUGGGGUUGCAUGCUACGGUGUGGACAGAUGAUACUAGCUCAAACCUUCCUAACUCGGGAGCUGGGACGAGGU